AUUUUAAAAAUGGAGUGAAAUCUAAUAAUAAUAACAAAAUGGGCCCAAAAUACUUAAAUAAUCGAUUAUUAACUAAAAAGCAAGACUCAACUUUAGUCCACCUUUAGUUUCCUAUUAAAAAAAAGUCCUAAAAAAAGAAAAACAAUUCAAAACUUCAACACGGCAAAUAAAUUUAGAAAGUACGUUUUCCUAAAUUCGACGUUCCUUACAAAAUUCUUUGCAAAAAUUACCGAUGGAUGCGGCUUGGUAAGAGGAAUUAUUGAGAUUCAUGGGUGUUUAUUAGAGCCAUGGAGCAGCUGCUAGACGCCGUCGAGCUCAGCCGAACCCACAGUGAGGCCAGCACACCCACGCCUACAGCAACAAUAUCGAUCUGGAGCGCUCCAUCCGAGGGCAGUUCCGGUUUCCCGUACCCCGCCUUCUUUCGGUUCCGGUUAGAUGGUCAGGCCAUAUUGCCACCGCUGAUGACAAGCGCCAAGAGGCGCGAUGUUCAGCAAUCCCGCCAGAUGGCAAUGAAGCUGGAGGAACGAUACCGCCUGGCCAGACACUCGGCGGGAUCAGACAUGGCCAGUCCGCAGAGUCUAUCUCAGCUGCAGCAGACGGAGACCUUUAUCUAUGAUAGCACACGAGGACAUGCACGUCCUCAAACUCUGAUCCUGGAUAUUAAGCUGCCAACCAUUCAUGUGGAUCCUCCUACACCCCAGCCACCUUUAGAAAACUCGUCAGCCAGACGUCACAAUCGAAUAACUGACCGCAUUUUGCAGUUUGAGCAGUCAGGACUUGGUAAAUUGCUGCCAAAAGUUCAGGAAAAGAGAAUCCUACGCUCCAGUACGAGUCCUUCGAUAGCUAAAGGCAAUGAGCAGCCGUGGCAUGAGUUGAAGGAAAUGGAGCUAACAGCUUCGCAGACAGAGCCAGCUACCUUUCAACGAUCAAGGAGCUUCACGCUGGAGGAGCCCUCUCAGGUUCUCGUAGAGCAUAUGCAGCGGGAGGCCCUGGUUGUCAAGCCCAAUCAGAAUUUGGCCAACUUCCAGAGGCAGACUAUAGAAUCUCAGGCCAAGAGGGUGAAUCCAAGUCUCAGGUGCAACAGCAACAACACCAGCAAAACCACUACCAACACAAACACCACAACCACCUACAAUAGCUACUCCAAGAGAGAUCGUGAGGUAGAGCGUAUAAUAGAAAGGGCGCUAGACGAGCGUGGUCCUCAAGAAGCUAACCGGAAAGCAGGAGUUCGAAACUAUCUACGUGGUCAUCGGGAGCGGAUGAAUCAGUUGAUUCUACACCAGGAAGAGGAGCGUCGACGAAUGCAAGCACAAUUUGAAGUUCAGCAACGGCAGCUUGUUGAAGAACUUUGCGCUGAGAUCGAUAUUUCUGCAGGCACAGACAAUCCCGACCGACAGGUGUCCCAGAGCACCAGUACGGGAGACCUGCGUACGGUCUCACCAACUCCAACAAUAUUCUCUUUUAUGGAUGCCACGCUGCGUAAGUUGAAAGAGCAUGACGAUCUUUCCUCGAUGGAUGACAGCUCCCGAAUAGCUGCUCCUUCUUCCGCUCGAAAGAGGUUGUUUAGUCCGAAACUAUCUAUUGGCUACGACUCGGAACCACAGUCACUGGGGGAGAUUAGUGCGCCUAGCACACCGAGAUCAUUACCACUCCGGAACAGUAGUUUAACUAACAGUAGACAAGCUGUUAGAAGACGAUCGCAAACUGUUGGCAGCAAUUCUAGGAAAUUAAAUAGUAGUGCAGGCCGUGAGGUGAUCAAAUCACCAACGAAGGGUGGAGGUGAAGUAGGAAGACCAAAGAGCUCCACGGGAAACGGAAUCUCUACUGUAUCGAAAAGGAACACCGCAACACCAGCAAGGAGCACCUCUUCACCCAAGCGACUAAUGAAUAAAAAUGCCAACCUGGAGUCCGAAGAGCGCCAGGUGGCAGCUACGCGUAUAAAUGCCGCUGUACGUGGAUUCUUGGUCCGUAGGCUUUUUGCAACUGAGCAAGUCCAGCGUAUUGUUCAAACCAUCAGGGACACCCUGAUCUUCGUUCUGAAUCUACAUUUGGAAACCUGUGAUCACACCCUAGAUGCAGAGGAGCCUGGAAAUCUGCGCCUCAAGGCACGAUUGCUUCAACAGCUGUGCUCGGCCAGUCGAGCUCUGCACCUGAUCUUUUUUCAGACCAACAUAAAGGAGCGCAUGGAGAUCAUCGCUCGAGAUCGAAAGCGGAUCACGACCAAGCACCUCCUCAAGCACCGGUAAUUCAAUUUAAGCUUCAGUGCUUAGAUGACAAGAAAGAAAAUUAAAAAAUAAUAAACAUUCCCGCCCUAUAACCGUAA